UUAAAAUUUAAAAAUAUAUUUUAGAUUAGGCUUUAUAUAGUUAGAUACAUUCACGAAGGUGCAUUCAGCGCUCUUUUUCAUCUUCACAAAAGAAAGAGUAUCCAAAAAAGUGAAGUGAAUCGUAGGAUCUUCUUUUGUUCCGUAAGAUGGCUGGACUUUUAGGAUAUAGGAGCCUUCCACCCAAGGCAAAGAAUUUGGUAGUUGCUGGGGGUUUGACAGCUUUUGUCUUUGGUGCCUACUUCUACACCAUGAGGGCUGUUGGAGGCACUGAUGAACUGCAGGUAGCAAUUGAUAAGUUUGAAUCUGACAAGAGCAAGAAGGAGGGUGAAGCCAACAUUCCAUCUAAGGUCUAAAGCUCAUUCGUUCUUGUACAACAAAACAAUACUUUUGGUCUGUAAUCAAGCGUUUUACUCAGCUUGAGAGUUAAAACGAAGAAUGAUAUUUAAUCUAGAGCUAAUAAUUUCAACCAGCUUUAUGUACAAAUAAUGUGUGGUAGGGAAACUAUAAUUGAGACCCUGUUUUGGCCUUUUUUUA